AUGAAGAAGACACUGUUGUUGUGUUUUAUCCAUGGCUUCAAGGGGGGUGAUGACACUUUCGGCGAGAAGUCCGAAUUCGCCCAACAUCUCGCCUCCCUCGUCCGCGCUUCCCUACCAAAAGUUUCCGUUCGCGCCAUUACCUAUCCUCGCUAUGAGACCCGAGGUGACCUAAAAGAAUGCGUCGGCCGCUUCCGCGACUGGCUACUAAACAAAGUCAUCGACCUCGAAGUUGCCAACGGCACGCACUCCCCGACUAUCGAUCCAUCCGUUCAUGUUAUCCUAAUAGGACACUCUAUGGGCGGCAUCGUAGCAGCCGAUACUGCCAUAGCGAUAGCAUCCGAAGUUCCCAUUACCCACGACGACGGCGACAGCGUGGCGCCUAAUGUCGGUGAGCCGUUAACCAAUGGUCUCAUGUUUCCUUAUAUCCAAGGCGUACUAGCUUUCGAUACCCCGUACCUAGGUAUUUCUCCCGGCGUCGUGGCGCACGGCGCCGAGGGGCACUACAAUAGCGCGGCUGCUGCGCUAACACAACUCAACGGACUAUCAAGUAUCUUUUGGGGGAACUACAACCAGGCAUCCAGUGGAAGCAACGCAAAGAAGCCGCCCGCAGCGCUACCGGCCCCGGAGCCGGUAAAGGAGAAAAAACAAGAUAGCGGUUGGGGGUGGGGACGUGUCGCCGUAAUAGCCGGAGCAGCCGGAGCCAUCGCGGCAGGUGGUGCAGCGGCUUACAUGAAUCGGGACCAGCUCAACUCGGGGUUCACGUGGGUUAGCUCCCAUCUAGAGUUCGUAGGGUGUCUCGCGCGGGGAGCAGAGCUUCGAGAACGGGUGACGCGCAUGGUCUGUAUUCACAGAGAUAUGGGGGUCGGAUUCGCCAACCUAUACACACGAUUAGGACGUGCGGCAUCGUCGAAGGAGGUCAGCAUGGUUGGCACCGUCAUGGGAAACCAGCGCACUUUCUGCAAUGUGCCCACGAAGAAGGAGUCCGGGUUGUGGUUGGAAGCCAUAAAUGAUAAGGCGAAGGAAGAAAUCGGUGCGCAUAUGGCUAUGUUCGAGCCGAAGGAGAACCCCGGAUACCACAAGUUAUCCGAAGAUGCUAAGCAACUGAUUGUGCGCUGGACACGCAACGAGUGGUAUGAAACGAGCACGCGCAAAUCGAUCGAAGCGUGA